AGCGAGACCAUCUGCGGAGAAUUCGAAUGUGAGGAAGAGGAAGAGGAGGAAGAAAAGGAAGAGGGAGAGGAAGAGGAAGAGGAAAAGGAAGAGGAAAAAGAAGAGGAAGAGGGAAAGGAAGAGGAAGAGGAAGAGGAAGGAGAAGAAGACGAUGAUGAUAAUGAUGAAAUAAUAAUAAUAAUAAGAAGAACACCGCAAUAG